AUGCGAGUUCUCCACUAUUUUCUCGUACUUUCGUUAGUUCCAUAUCUAACUGCGAGUUUUUCUCCAUACGGCAUUCUUCGCAAUGCUUCUAUCAAACUACCGUUUGAUCUAAACAACGAUACCGGCUAUACGAUCGAAACAGUCAGUUGUAAUCAGUGUCUUUGCCAUGCCGCUCAUAAUCCCGUUGUCGCUUUAUUCACCUGCAUUCGUCAUGAAAUGUCGAAUUUCACCUGUCAAAUGUACUAUUUUAUACCCAAGCGUGAUGAAAUCGAGUAUCCAAAUUAUGACGCGGAUGUAUAUUUGAUGCGGCCGAAUAGUACAUUUGAAGAGAAAGACGACUGCUGUAACACUACGAUGCUUAUUGAGGAAAUUACCAGAAUGUUACAGAAUACAUCAAUUAGUACUGAAGAAUUCCUCACGCUUAGUGAAGGUGAGAACAAUACAAUUUUAGCGGUGACUUCGUGCAGCAAACUUGAACAGAAUGCAUUACUCCGCUUCAAUCGAUUCACAGGUGAAAAUAUUUUUGUGGAACAUACUUCAUCAUUAUUAUCCGCUGGCUAUUACAAAGAGAGAUAUUACUUUGGAACAAUUGCAAAAAAUAUUGGUGUGUAUAACAGCAGCAUGAGGCCGAGAUUAUGCCUCGUGGACACGAGUGUUGAAAUACGAACUAUUCGCUUUCUCAAAAAGACCCAGAAAAUGCUUGCCGGUGCCUCUGGAUCUGGUAUUUAUUUAUGUGAUAUCGUUCCCAAUUCCGGAAUAUUAAAUAAUUGUACAAUAAUACCAAAUAUUGCUCCAGGAGAAGAACUUCAUGCUAUUGGCGUUGCCCAAGACGAAAUGGCGUUUUACGUUGGUUGGAAUGCUGAUGGACAGGAUAUUCACCUUUAUAGACGGCAGCCUAAUGACACAUGGGUGACAGAUGCUAGUGGUAAGAUUGACCAUAGUGCGCCAACGACCGAUCUUGUUGUGGAUAAUUGUCAAAGAAUAUGGGCAGUUGAACCAAGAAGUGAUCGGAUCAGAAUUUAUCAUCGAAACAACACACUUCUAGGCGAAAUGAAUGUUGGAGGCACAAACUUGUUCAAUCUGAUGAUUAUGGAAAAUUAUACGAUAUUCAUUACACAUCAAUCAGCGGAUGGUCUUAGAGCUAUUAGACCGUCUCUCAAUUGUCGUCCCGUUCCAUGA